AUGUUUCCUUGGAUUCCUGGAAUGAAAGGCUUGUCUCGUCUCGUUCUCGUUGCUGGAUUGAUUUUGAAGACGAGGCAAAAGAAACUGUUGGAACAACAACCGGCAAAAUUUGAAAAGCAAAAAGUACUAGGGCAUAUUUGGCUACCGGAUAGAAAUAUUACGAAAAUCUUCUUGCGUUAUCAAGUUUAUUUCAGUUUUGUACUUGCUGUGGUCUAUCCUAUGAUGAUUGGCAACCAAGUGCCUAAUAUCAAUCUCUUCAAUUUUGAAGAACCUUUUGCUGAAAAUAGCAAAUAUGUCUUAACCAGUCCACGAUCACUCAAGGCUUGUGAAAUAGUUGGAAUCAAGCCAGUUGAAUUGUUGCACAAGCCUUUGUCUGAAUUUGAAGAUGAAUAUAAUGGAAGGCUUGGUCCAGAUAUGAUUUUGGAUAGAUAUCAAAGACGUGAACAGCAAAGACUAAGGAUGCUGCGGUAUUGUCGAGAAGAAAGAUCUAGAAUUGUUGAUGAAAAAGAAGAAACAGAAAAAAGUAGUGCAAAGCAAAAGAGAACUGGCGAGUUAACAGAUUUUCUAGAUACUUCUGAUAACGAAAACACAGAGUUCAUGGAAACAAGACAGAGGAAGCGCACAUCAAAGGAUCCUUCGGCACGAUGGUCUCUAAUGCUCGAUAGUCCAAAGGAUAGAGAUAGAGUGGAAAGAAGCUUAUCUAUAAGAUACUCAAAGGGAGAUGAGACUAGAUCACCUCGGGAUGAAAGGCCAUCGUCACAAAUGUCAGGGUUCUUAGGCCGAGUGUAUGGAGUCGAAAGUAGCGGAUACAGUCCCGGUGUGGAAUCUUGGAAGUCAUCAACUGAACCUAGGCCGUAUGCCAGUAAAGAAACGGCGACUCGUAGACAUGGCUGGGACGAAAGAUACAAUCAAAUGAAAUCUCGAAGUAUUGAGAGAUCACCGGCUAGUAAAAAGAAAGGGCACAAAAUGCAACGAACGUUGUCUGUUGACAACAUUUUGUCAGAUUUACCACCGCAUCUUCAAAAAGGAGCUGCCAAGUUGUCAGAAAGUGACCAACGACUGUUAAAUAUCAUGGUAACAAAGGCGAAUAAAGAAGACGAAGACAAAAGACUACGAGCUGAAAGAAAACUCGAGCUGGCUGAGCAACGUCAAGUAGAAGCUGAACUGAAGCAUUUGAAAAUGAAGCAACACCAAAUGCUUUUGGCUGACAAAAUGCGGGAAAGUGAACGAUUACGGGAGAGACAUAGAAGAAAGUUGACUGAAAAGAACGAGGAGAAACAAAGACUUGUACAAUCUGAGAUCGACUAUAAAAAUGACUACUGGUUAGAUGAAUUUUCAAGAAACUUGGAGGUGAAGAAUAAUGAAUUACUUCUGAAGAAGAUGCAGAAGGAAGAGCGAAAGGCUAUACAAGAGCAGAAUCUGGCAAGAAUCGCAGAAGAAAAAGACUACUUGAGGAGCAUGACUCAUAUGGGCCUUGAGGGUCGACAUGUAACUGCUGCUAAGAAUAAAGACAUGCAAAUAAGACUUGCCAAAUCGAAGCAAUUCUUCAAAAACAUGGAGGAGCAGCAGCGACAUGAAAGGACAAUGGAAGAAACCAAACGACGCUUAUUAGAGGACCAGAAAGCUCUCCAGUAUGCAAUUGAAGCUAAGCAAAGACAAGCUGAAUCAAACACACGUGCAAAAGAAAGCCAGCAAGAUUUCCAAAGAUCCCUUCAUAAGAUGAAAUCUCAAGCAAGAAAGGAGCAACAGGAAGAGUCAUUGAAAAGAAUGCAUGAUGAUCUGGGAGUUUGGCAAAAAGAAUUGAAAAGAUACCAGCUACAGCACGAGGAAAGAGCUCUGGAAACUGCAAAGCAUAACGCUUACCUUAAAGGCAAAAAGGCAAUGAUGGAGCGGCUUCAGAAAGAGCAUGAUCAUUUAACAAAUAAAGCAAAGAUAAAAGAAGAUGAAAAGCUCCGUUUAGCAGAGUUACAACAUUAUCUUCAACAAAAAGACGAGAAAAGCAAAUUGGUAAUAGAAGACAGAAAAGAAAUGGCAAGAUCUAACCGUGAGGCAGCUCUUGCUUCCAGAACCAUGCGAGAUUUCAUCAAAGAGAAGACUAUCAAAAGCUCAUUCGACAAAAUGGCAACAGAAGCUGAAAUGAUGGCAAGAAUAGAGAAAAAAGGUUUUCGAAGUUCAGCAAAGAACAUCACAACAAUGAAGCUAGCGUAGAUUUCUAAUUAUAAUUAGUUAUUGUAAAUAUAUCAGUUUGAACAAAUAAAAAGCAAAGUUUACAUCAACAAUAGUCAUUGUUAUAUGCAGUUUUUACUACAAAAUGUGACAUGUUGACAUAAAAAGCAUAGAAACGGUCCAAUGUUACAAAUUUCAAACAUUUAUGUUCAACCUGAUUCUGGAGGUUUGUCUGGAGGUUUUUGUAAGCAUUUUUCAUAGCCAUGCAAUGCAUUGAUUUAAAACGUCAAUGCAACCAAAUGUGUUUCUAAAAUCUCUGUAGGCCAUGUAACUAGUAUUUACAUGUUUGUCUCUGCCCCAUUUAUAUUUUGAAUUUCAGGAUCCCCUCAAAAUUUGAAGCUUUUUUCAAUUCAAAUUUUACAUGUAAUGAAAAAUAGCAUAAUUUCUGGUAAGCUUCUUGACUGGAUGCAAAAAGUGGAUUGAUGAAUUCUUGCGGAAUUUCCUUUCAAAUAAUAAUUGAUGCAUUCAUUAAAUUUAUUCUUUUUUAUAAAUUAAUCUUUGGAUGAUCUGUUGCACCAUUUAGUUACAUUUUGCAUAGUCCAAUAUUUCAAACAAUUCUUGGGAUCUAGCUGGCAGGAAUAGGUUAUUUUUGAUUAAAGAAAAUUUUUUAUUUGGCUGGGGGUGCAGUUUUUGGUGAAAAGAUAAUGGUUUUCUAAAGUGUUUGGCCUAACUUGGCAUAAUUUAUGCAGUUAUCAUUAGAUCCAAACUGAUAGAAACAAAAACUGGUCCAAAUCAGCCUAGACCAGGGGUGUCCAACUUAUUUUUUGAGUGGGCCAUAGACAAAACCUCACUACACAGGCAGGCCAGAUAAUAGGUAUUUCAAUCAUGGGCAAAUUUGGUAUUUAACAGUUAAUGGAUUGAUAAUUACAGUGACAUAAAAAAUUACAUCAAAAGUUACGAAGACAGUUACAUCAAAAAGUUUAGUUAUCAAUGUGAAAGGUUUAACAUUUCUUGUUUACAGAAAGUCUAAAAACAUAACACAUUAAACUUGUGGUUGACAUGUGAAGAAAGUCAUGUUAAUGUUUCUCUUCAUGCCUAGAUUGUAGCUUUGACUUGUUCUGUUCAGCUUUGUAAUAAAAACAUCUGCUUAUAAUAAUGAGAAAUUAAUUUAGUUAGAAAGUAUGCCACCGAAUAUUCCCUUGUGGGUCACAUCUGGCCGGCAACUGUUUGUUGGACACCCCUGCCUUAGACUAUAUGGGAUCAAUUUUGCAAAAUUGCCAGUUGUCUAGAUUUUGAUGUCUGGUGAUAUGCUUGGUGCCAAGUUCAGAAACAACCAUAUAAU